AUGGGAGACCACACAGUCUACAAACGAUUGGAAGGAGAGACUACACAAUGGGAGGAUUUGCAGAGGAAGUUCGGUAAUUUGCCGGAGAAAGAGGUCGUCAAGAAGGCGGAUGCUUUUUCUCCUGCUGACGACGAAAAACUGCAAUACGAUCGUCUUGAUCGGGCACGAGAUCCAGAGUCUCUGGAGGACUUGGAGGAUGAGUUCGAGGAAGACAGUUUCCUUGAAACGUACAGGCAGAUCAGGUUGGCUCAGCUGAAGGAGGCAGCAAAGAAGCCACGUUACGGCAAAAUAAGUAGCAUUGUGCGAAACCAGUUUGUCAGGGAGGUGACUGAGGCCAGCCGAGACUGCUGGGUUGUCGUGCUUCUCAGCCAGGAAAGGGUCCUAGGCUGCCAAGUGCUGAGACACUGCUUGAAGCAGUUGGCAGAGCAGUACCAGCAUGUGAAGUUCAUCACCAUGCAGUCCACAGACUGCAUACCCAAUUACCCUGAUGCUGACCUGCCCACAAUACUGGUCUACAAAGAUGGCCAGUGCAGACGGACCAUUGUUGGCCUUCAAACCCUGGGCUAUGAUCGGAUCUCACCGGAGAGUGAGUGA